GUAUGCACGGUUAUCGCAGUCUCGCAUUGUUAGGCUGAUAGACGCGUUUUUUGUGGUGAGAAUGUGAAUCGGGCCCAUGGACAACCAUGUCGGGCAUUAUUAAAUAAAUUUUCAUUUAAAUAAUUAUCUAAACAGAGGGUCAGUUGUUAGUUGGGACUUCAAAUAAAAAAUAGAAAUAAAUUAUUUGUUAUAUUAAUAUAUUAUUUAAAAUAAUGAAAUUAAUUGUCUUUUUCAAAUACAAUUUUAUUUUUCAUUUAUUAUCUUUAUUUAUUUUUAUUCGUUAUUUAUCGAUCGUCGAACAAAUUCGAAUUUUUACACAAACAUUUCCAUCAGGGAGAUUCCUGUACAUUGGAAUUUGUAACUUUUAAUAAUGUUUGUCAGCUAUGUUAAACACGGCGAAACCUCGAAAUAUGAUGGAUAUACUUUCGAACAAUUUGUUGGAAAAGCGAGUAGUUAUAAAAGGAGGUUUGAUCUGCGAUUUAUUUAUUGAAAAAUAAUCUUAUUAAUCUCACGGUUGUUUCAUUCGCAAAAUGAAACGGACAAGAGAAAGCGAAAAUCUAUUUAUUUACAUAAUAUCAUUUGCUCUCCAAUUAAAUUCAAAUGAAAAAUAAAAUUUGCAAAUAAGAAAUAAGAAAUAAGAAAUAAAUUAUUUUUGUCAUCGUUUAAAUGACUUUUAUUUAAAUAGAAGAUUUAAUUCUUACUCGCGACUGAAAUGUUAUUUCAAUUCGUUAUUUAUCGUUUCAUGAGUAAAUGAAGCUUUGCCCAACAUUGAUCGACGAUAAUAAUUACAAAAUAGAAGCGGGAGAUUAAAUAGCAUCGCCAAUAAAUGAUUUCACGCCUCUGUGUGUAAUUUGAAAAAAGAUCGCGUUAAUUGAACGAAUUUCAACUAUUCUUGCGCAAAUGGAAAAAAACGAGUGGAACCUUGUUGGAAUAAAUAUCGUGUUACCUUUGUAUUAUAAUUAAGUUCGCUUUUAAUUGGCGUUUAUAUUUCUACAUUUGCACAGUAAUACGAUAUUUUGUUAUUAUUAUUAUUUUAUUAAACAAUAUCACAACCCUUCAUUAUGAUGCUCCAAUUUUUGCGAAAACUGGUGAUCGUGUUGAUCGAAAGAAUCUUACCAUUAUUAAAACGAGGUUUUGAAAUUAGUGUAGCUGUAAUUGUCAUGAUUAUUAACACAACUCUGAUGCAUAAAUGGAUCCGAAUGAAAUAUUAAAAGUAGAACAAAUAUAAUAAUUUGUAAUAGUUUCAAGUUUUCUUCAUUUGUUUUUAAUUAAUUAUUGAAGUAAAAUUAUUUAUUUCAAAGUUUAUUUGGUUAAAAUGUAUGUUCAUUUCUAAAUUGUUAAUUAUUAACCGUUGGUUACUAAUUGAUUCGCUAGUUAUCGUAUUACAUUAACAAAAAUUUUAAUAAUAUUAGAACGAAUCAUUUCACAGAUAAUUUAUUAUUUAUUGUCAUUCUAUAUAAAUGAAAGGGCGAAGAUUCUCAAGGAUAACAAAUGCGUGCAAUCACUCAUAUGUACGUGGUGGAUAAUUUGCUCGAUUCGUAUCAACGAUACAUGAAUAUUAGUAAAAUAUAUGAAUUAAUAGCAAACCAGUGAUGAAAAUCGCAUGAAGUGUUAAUUUAUUCUGGUUUAUUCUCACUGGUAUUUACACUGGUAUAUUCAACAUUUUAUUUAUACGUAGACAACUUAACGAGCUGAAAGUAAUGAACCACAAAUGACAAAAUGACAAAACUGAUAUAAUGUUUGACAUUUACGGAUUCCAAUUCCUUUCUUGUAUAUUAUUUUUUCAAAGUAAAUUUUAUCGUAUCCUCAUAGGCCUAUAUUCGCUGGUCUAAUAAAUUAUAAAAUCGCUUUGAGUCUUUUUGCCUCCGUUUGUGUAAUUAAAUCACAUCGUAUUAAGAAGAAACCAAGUGUCCAUAUACUUUUCAGCGAUAGUGUCUCAACACACUUGUUUCUAUUGCGUACAUCUUUUUCUGCCUGUUGUCGUCAUUUGUCACUCUGAAACCGCAAACUUAUUGGCUCGUACAUAAUCUUUUCAGAAACAGCGGCGCAUUAUUUUCGAGAAAAAGUCGUAUAAAAGUGGAACUGAUAAAAGAAGUUCGCCAACAAAGAUGAGUUCUUGAACAAACUUUGCAACCAACCUAUGCAAUACACUAAGAGAAGAUGUUCUGAAUUGUUACCGGUAACGAUUAGUUAAUACGUUUAAUUAGUUUAACGAUGCAACGGUUUGAAAAGGGAAAAGACAACGUAAAUUACGUGCAACGGAAAUUCACGUGAAAAGACGAGAGAAUUUCACCCAAAUUGUUCGCACCUGGAUACUGUUGUCGUUUUUAAAAAGUGCUGGUUUUUGUCAGGCUCAAAAUAUGGACAACUUGUUUUCGUAUGGCUUGUACAACUGCAGUACUAUAAUUCUCAGACGAAACAUCACGAUCUUGUUGAUGUUAAAUCGUAGCGAACUUCUUAAUAUAUUGGAAAACGCUUUGGAUAGUUCUACGGAACAGGAAGUUCUACGUGAUGCUUUUUUAGAUUGUUUCCUUAAUUAUCAAGAGCGGCCGUUUGACUUAUCAUGGUGGCAAAAGCUGUUCUGGUCCCUGAUAUUCGCUGCAAUGCUGUUGGUGGCAACCGGUGGCAACGUCAUCGUCAUAUGGAUCGUACUUGCACAUCAACGGAUGCGCACGGUCACCAACUAUUUUUUAGUUAACCUUUCCGUGGCUGACCUGAUGAUGUCAUUACUUAACUGUGUUUUCAACUUCAUUUUUCUACUGAAUUCUGACUGGCCAUUUGGCGUGGCAUACUGCACUAUCAACAACUUUGUAGCGCAUGUCACGGUCUCUUCAAGUGUCCUCACUCUUGUCACCAUUUCCUUCGAUAGAUAUAUGGCCAUUAUGAGACCUCUGAAACAUCAUAUGUCUCGGAAAAAGACGAUAAUGAUUGUUUUUCUAAUAUGGGUCAUCUCUUCAACUUUGGCUGUACCAUGUUUGUUAUAUUCAACAACAGAGUCUAGAAGGUAUUCGAAUGGCAAGACUAGGAUUUCGUGUUACCUGGUUUGGCCAGACGGAACUUAUUUGUUCAGCAGAAUGGAAUACUCUUAUAACAUCGUAUUUUUGAGCGUAACGUAUUUAGUACCUAUGGCGUUGAUGGCAAUAUGUUAUACUCUAAUGGGCCGAAAACUCUGGGGCUCAAAAUCCAUAGGAGAGCUAACGUAUUACCAAAAGAAAUCAAUAAAAUCUAAACGGAAGGUUGUGAAGAUGUUUAUCAUCGUAGUUGUGAUAUUCGCCAUCUGUUGGCUACCUUAUCAAGGGUUUUUUUUUUUCCUUUAUCACCACAAGCAUUUGGCGGAAAAUAGCAACAUCCCACACGUUUAUUUAAGUUUCUAUUGGCUCGCCAUGUCAAAUGCCAUGGUAAAUCCUAUCAUAUACUACUGGAUGAACAAUAGGUUUCGGCUCUAUUUCCAACUAAUAAUAUGCAAACGUACAAACUGCGACGAUUCUCCAAUGCAUGACUUUGUAAAGCGAACAGAUGUGAUAACUUAUAACUCAAGUCGUCUUAAAUCCACUUCGAUACGUUGGAAGCAUAACAUGGCAAAGACACAGAUGCAAAAUAUACGAAUGCGAUCUAUAUGUAUAAACGAUCACAAACAAGACACAACUACCGUCUGAUAAAUAAUAUGUGAAUAACAUAAUAAACAAAUUUUGUUUGUGAAUAGUAAAAUCUUGUGAUGAUUAGUUUUUCAGAGUUGGUCGGGGCUGUGUACGAUAUUUUGUGUAACUGGAAAUUUAACGCAAAGUUAUAGGUUAUCGUAUCGGCUUGUUCUCCUUUGUAUAAAUUGCCCUGCGAGCAUGGAUGGACGAUGCAUCUGGAGAAAUGAACUGUGACGAAUAACAACGAGCAGCAAGAGGAUUAACAAGAGGAAGAAGGAAAAGAGCGUAUAAUCGUUGAUAAUGAGAAAAUGUAUUAUCUGAUUGGUUGCGUACGAGCGUGGGAGAAAAAGUGUGAAACGAGGGAAAGACAGGGAGAAGUAUCUUGUAAAUGUGUAAAUAAGAAGCGCAGAAAAGAUCGUUUGGAAAUGUGAAACGUUUUGCGUAAAACAAGUAAUGAUAAGAGCGUAAAAAUAUAGGGUGAAAAGACGACGUGUAUAAUAAAGAUGCGUAAAUAAAAAUAAACGCGUUGCUAACUUGGGUGUAUGAAAGGUGGAGCAUGAAAGGUAAUAGCGAUGUUGAUUCAGCAUGGAAAUUUGUCAAAACAUGGGUUAGUUUUGUUAGAAAAUUGUAAAAUAUGUAAAAAGAUUGUAGACGUUAGAUGCGCGAAAGUUGAAAGAAGUAAGAAAAGAAGGAAAAGAGAGUAUAAAAUGAUAAUAGGUAAUACGUAAGGCAAUAUAAUUUUCUGGAUGGCAAAAGAAUGGAUUUGUUUGGAUUCUAGGAGACUAAAGAAUAAAUAAAGAUACAUUUAGGAGA